AACUUCUCCGUAGAUAACACUGCUAAAAUACUUUCACUACGUUUUGGUCUUGUCGCGUAUUUGCAAAAUAUGGAAUCUUUGGAAAUCGAUGAACAAUCCGUGGUCGAUGCAUUAAGCUUGGACGAUGAAGAAAAAAUUCGUGUAGCAUUAUCCCUUUACAAUCAAAAUAACAAAGAAAAGUUUGCUCUUACCUCGAACAACACAGCAAAGCGGCAGGUUUUAGCAAAGAGAAUGUUGAGAAAACUUCUUCCUUCUUCUGAACCGAAAUAUUUGUCGGAAGCAUUGAGCGUGCUUCUAUUUUUAUCCCGAGACAGAGAAUUGGUUUCAAAAUGCUUAGCAUCUGCAGACUUCACCAAAUACCUUCUAAAACACAGCAAAUUAAAUGGCGCACCAAUUGCUACUGAUACAGAUGGCGAUGUCGAAUUGAACUUAAAGAUCGAAUUACUUGCAUGCAAAUGUCUUUGUAAUGUGCUGUUCAUCACCAAUGAUGCUAAUGACACAUUUACAGAUCAUCAGUUUUUAAAAUCGGUGACGGAAAAAAUUGUUGAGCACCAGUCGCGCCCGGAUGAACACACAGUUAUUACUCUGCGACUGGUUUUCCUUAUCACUGCAUUAAGUGCUAAAGGACGUAACCUGUUCAUAGAAAACCACAAUGCUCGCACUGUUCUUGUUCAGUUUUUAGAGUAUAAAAUCAACCAAGUGAAUGAUACGGACAGAGAAGGAAAAGUUUUUACUCCAAAGCAAGUAGAAGUGGUGGAUGAAAUAUUAAAGGUGUUGUUUCAUCUGAAUGUUGACUUAAGAAAAUCUUCAAUGUAUAGUACUCAAGAAGUUAGUGAUCUUGACUUGACAUUAUCAUUGUGUCGAACUGUGUUGUUGUCCACAUGUGAGGAUGAAAAACGAACCGAGUCAUUGCAUUGUCAUGCUGGGAACGCAAUCUAUAGUGUCCCUCCACAGCAAUUGAAGAUGAAAUUAUUGAUUGGAGAAAAAUCGGAGCAGGUUCAGGAAGAAAGCCUCAGAAAAACUGAACGAUUUGCUCCGAUCAAAUCAUUACUUUAUAUUCUUGAACAUCGGGUUAUGAAUAAUAUUAUCACUGUUGAUGUUUUGCAACCCCUGCUUGCUCUUCUGAGCCAGUUAAGUCGAUGUAGUGCAGAUGUAAGAAAAGCUUUGAAAGCAGAAAUUUUGCCGCCUCGAAAGGAUUUUCAUCGCAGACCAGAAGAUGGCGACGCCCUUUCAAAUAAACUUGUAAAACUUUGCACGCACGCAAAUGUUGAAGUGAAAAAUGGUAUCGCAGAUUUUCUUUUUGUAUUGUGCAAGGAAAAUGUUGACAGGUUCGUGAAGUAUACUGGUUAUGGUAACGCAGCUGGUUUACUUGCUGCGAGAGGAUUACUGGCUGGUGGUUUUGGUGAAACUGAAUAUUCAGACUGUGACUCUGACAGCGACACAGAGGAAUACAAGAUUGCCUCCCAUCAAAUUAAUCCAGUAACUGGCCAUGUUCAACCCCCACAAAAUAACCCAAUGGAAGGCAUGAGUGAUGAACAAAAGGAAUAUCUCGCUGUUAAACUUGCUCAGGAAAUAUCUCAACUAUCAAGACUCAAUACCAUUCAACCAAUGUGUGUUGGGGAGGAUGGCCAACUAGUUUCACUCACUCAAAAAGUUCACGAGACACAAAUCACAGACGAACAAUCCGAUUGAUAGACUUCCAAUUUGAAUAAAAGAUUUUAAUUACCUUAGGAAAUCUUGAAGUGUUUUAUUUGUAAUGUUUUUCUUCCAUAUGCAGUUACUAUUUCUAACUAAAUGUAUUUAAAUUUAACGGGAUAAAAAUUGAUGUUAAAUUGAAAUCAUGUGGGUACCACGCUACCAUUAUUCCCACACUUGCAUUUUAUUUAUUUGUGCCGUCACUACUGCCAUGUACUAUACACUGUCUUAUUGUUGUUGCAUGCUGAACUAAUCAAGUAUUAGUUGCACAUUAUUUCUGAUUUUAAUGAUAAUAUAUCUGUUCCAGUAAAAAGAUAAACAUUAAAAACUUUUUAAUGUAUUGUGCAACACAUGUUUUCGAGUGAUUCAUUUUAUAAUGCUGUAAACAUGAGAUACACAGCUGUGAAAUAAAUUCCACACAUAAAA